AUGAAUCCAGCCAGUGAUAUCAAAAGAGGCUUUGCUUUUGUCCCUAAACACCGUCCUACAAAGCAGUUCUUCCUGCAGCACAAAAUCAGGUUUGCUCAUGAAAAAGAGGAGGAGCACAUUCCCUUGUAUCCUGAUACCAGACGCGUUCAAAGCUCUCACCACGUAAGUAAAAAAAUCCCUGGAAAGGGCACUGCCGCCUCUCGCAGGCGAGGCCUCCCAAGCACCCAGGGGGACAGGCACAACCCGCGGCUUCGGCGGAGACUCGCAAGGACCUCCCGGCCCCGCACCAGGCCUCCUCCCAGCCCCCCCCCGCUGACUGCCGGGCCCAGAAACCGAGGCGGGGCGGCACCCGCUGGGACAGCGCGGCCCGGACCGCGGAGGCCCCCGCCGGCCGCAGCGAACCUAAGCCGGUCCCGCACGGGGCGCUACGCGGCAGGGAAGCGGCCACGGACCAGAUCCGCCACGCCCCGAGAGCACGGAGCCGGCAAGCCCAAGCCGCCCAACACCUACCGGUACCGGCACCACCGCCGCUCCCUCACGUCCCGCAGCCUCCGCCGCUUCUGCUACUGCUGCCACCGCUUUAGUCCCUCAAGUGAAUCAUUCACAAGGUCUGGAUGAAACGUGAGAUCCCAAUGGACAUGAAAAUUUAAGCCACUAAAUGCUUCACAGAAUUACAGAAAGCUAGGAGUUGGAAGAAAACUCAAGAGAUCAUCGAGUCCAACCCCCCUGCCAGGGCAGGAUCACCUUCAGAAAUGCAUCCAGGUGGGUUUUGAAUGUCUCCAGAGAGAGCAUUUGACAAGAAAAUCACCAGCAGUAGAGUCCUGAAGUGAACUUUGCCUUGGAAUGAGUAGGGGGCACCUACUCUAAGGACCACCUACAGCCAACAGAGAUAGAAGGGAUUUUAUGUGGUGUAUAAGGCCACCUAGGCCGACAACAUAAGCUUCACCCUAGACAUGAAGUUUUGCGAGCAAGUGUACUCGAUUUAGGAAAUGUUUCAAGUGACUUUGCACACAACUGUAUAAAGAAAUG